GGCCAGGCCCGCCGUGCCUGCGCUGCCCAGCCUGUCUCCGGAGAACCUGCGGAAGGAGGCGACCAGAGGCCGCAGCGCCGGUCCGGCAGUGCAGGGCGCUGUGGGCGCGCAGGCGACCCAGGCGGCCAAACCCGGCUUCGGGCUCGGCAGCUACUUCGCCGCUGCUGGCAUGGGGAGCACGCAGGGGGCCGCUGCACCCGGAGAGGGAAACGUCUCGGCGGUCACGGUGUCGGGCACGCAGGCCGCCUCGGAGCCAGCGCGGGCGGCGAAG